GUAGAACUUUUGACAAUGCAAGCCUUUCCACCCUCAAACAAAGUGGAUGGUUGUGUUGCUGCAGGUAUCGAGAUAAAAGCAGAGAAGGAUCCGACUCUCACUGGUUACAGAGCUUGCUCUGUGGAUACCGAAGGAUGGAUAUUUACAUCACAUUCUAACCGUGCUAUCAUAAUCACGUACACUCGUGAUCGUGCCCCAAGUCUAGCUCUUCUUCAAUAUCGUUAUGGUAUGUUCUCACUAUCUCCCCUCAUCUCCUUUUUGAAUUAA